GGUUGAUGUGGUUGCAGAAUUCAUAAGAACCUUUUUGUAAGAAGAAAAAAUUUUACUUCGGAAAAUGCAUUUUAUGAAGUCAUAAUCUGUUGAAUACUGAAAACCCCUAUUUCUGUAUCAGGAUUGUAGCAGCUUCCAAGAUCUCAAAUCACCAAAUUGGAUUUUGAAUGGAGAAUGCCGAAGCUAAAAAUCCAACUGGAAGAGCACUCUGCACUCAGCACACCCGAGGACUACAAUCCAGUGAUUCCACCAAACGAUAAAAGUGCGAAGGACCCCGUGGGAGACGUCUCGAGGAUUGAUUGCACGAGCCCUUCAAUGCAGGCCCCACCUGAAGCGUGCACCAGCUGGGAGUCGAGCGUUAUGCCUGGCAACCCAUCUCCCCCGUCCGGAGGAAGUCACCCUCAAGAUUCCAACAAUACCCGACUUGCAUCAGUAGAAGAGACCGAAGACACCUCGCCCUCGUCCAUCUUGGAUUCGCCCUCCGCUCAUCCCCCCAAAAUUGAAUGCGAGGAUGAAAAAGAUUAUGCAAGUUGGACCAACCAGCUGCACACGAGCAUUGAAAUUAAGAGUGAACCCACUCCCCAGACGGAUGAGUCAGAACUCAGGUUGGGACGAGGAGGAGGAGAACACGAUUUGGAGAAUGAUAUUCGUGAUUUUGUCCCGACGACAGCGCGAGUGAAAAGGGAGGACAUGAGCUCUCCACUUCCCGACCAUUCUCAUGAAAGUUGGAUUGACCUGUCAGAUACGAAUAUCGAAAUCAAGAGUGAACCCCCUACCCAAACAAACGCGUCGGAAUCCGAGUUCGUCGAACAUAUUCGAACGCACGCUAGUGAGAACCCAUUCACUUGCGGCGAGUGUUUGAGCCUUUUUUCUUCUGAAAGCGCUUUAAUUACACAUAUGCAAACGCACGAUGGCGAGAUACCAUUCAAUUACAGUCAUUGCUCCUCCUCAUCCAGUAUUGAAGAUAAUUUAAAGAAACACAUGCGAACGCAUACUCGUAAUGAGAAGCUACUUAGUUGCAAUCCUUGCUCCUCCUCUUUCAGUAGUAAAGACGAUUUAAAGAUGCACAUGCGAACGCACACUGGUGAGAAGCCAUUCAGUUGCAGUCAUUGCACGGCAUGCUUUUCUCACAAAAAGUCUUUAACGGCACAUGUUCGCAAGCAUACUGGUGAGAAACCAUUCAGUUGCAGUCAUUGCACAGCAUGCUUUUCUCACAAAAAGUCUUUAACGGCACAUGUUCGCACACAUACUGGUGAGAAACCAUUCAGUUGCAAUCAUUGCUCCUCUUCUUUCAGUAGAAAACACAAUUUAAAGAGGCACAUGCGAACGCACACUGGUGAGAAACCAUUCAGUUGCAGUCAUUGCUCCUCCUCUUUCAGUAUUAAAAACUAUUUAAAGAUGCACAUGCGAACGCACACUGGUGAGAAACCAUUCAGUUGCAGUCAUUGCACAGCAUGCUUUUCUCACAAAAAGUCUUUAACGGAACAUGUUCGCACGCAUACUGGUGAGAAACCAUUCAGUUGCAGUCAUUGCACAGCAUGCUUUUCUCACAAAAAGUCUUUAACGGAACAUGUUCGCACGCAUACUGGUGAGAAACCAUUUAGUUGCAAUCAUUGCUCCUCUUCUUUCAGUAGUAAAGACUAUUUAAAGGUGCACAUGCGAACGCACACUGGUGAGAAACCAUUCAGUUGCAGUCAUUGCUCCUCCUCUUUCCUUAGGAAAAUUCAUUUAAAGAUGCACAUGCGAACGCAUACUGGUGAGAAACCAUUCAGUUGCAGUCAUUGCACAGCAUGCUUUUCUCACAAAAAGUCUUUAACGGAACAUGUUCGCACGCAUACUGGUGAGAAACCAUUCAGUUGCAAUCAUUGCUCCUCCUCUUUCAGUAUUAAAAUCAAUUUAAAGAUGCAUAUGCGAACGCACACUGGUGAGAAACCAUUCAGUUGCAGUUUAACGGAACAUGUUCGCACACAUACUGGUGAGAAACCAUUCAGUUGCAAUCAUUGCUCCUCUUCUUUCAGCAGAAAACACAAUUUAAAGAUGCACAUGCGAACGCACACUGGUGAGAAACCAUUCAGUUGCAGUCAUUGCUCCUCCUCUUUCAGUAUUAAAAAGAAUUUAAAGACGCACAUGCGAACGCACACUGGUGAGAAAGUUCGCACGCAUACUGGUGAGAAACCAUUCAGUUGCAGUCAUUGCAGAGCAUGCUUUUCUCACAAAAAGUCUUUAACGGAACAUGUUCGCACGCAUACUGGUGAGAAACCAUUUAGUUGCAAUCAUUGCUCCUCCUCUUUCAGUAGUAAAAAGAGUUUAAAGAAGCACAUGCAAACGCACACUAGUGAGAAACCAUUCAGUUGCAGUCAUUGCACGGCAUGCUUUUCUCACAAAAAGUCUUUAACGGAACAUGUUCGCGCGCAUACUGGUGAGAAACCAUUCAGGUGCAAUCAUUGCUCCUCUUCUUUCAGUAGUAAAGACUUUAUUAAGGUGCACAUGCGAACGCACACUGGUGAGAAACCAUUCAGUUGCAGUCAUUGCACAGCAUGCUUUUCUCACAAAAAUUCUUUAACGGAACAUGUUCGCACGCAUACUGGUGAGAAACCAUUCAGUUGCAAUCAUUGCUCCUCCUCUUUCAGUAUUAAAAACAGUUUAAAGAAGCACAUGCGAACGCACACUGGUGAGAAACCAUUCAGUUGCAGUCAUUGCAUGGCAUGCUUUGCUCAAAAACAUACUUUAACGGAACAUGUUCGCACGCACACUGGUGCGAAACCAUUCAGUUGCAGUCAUUGCACUUCAUGCUUUUCUCACAAAAAGUCUUUAACGGCACAUGUUCGCACACAUACUGGUGAGAAACCAUUCAGUUGCAGUCAUUGCACGGCAUGCUUUUCUCACAAAAAGUCUUUAACGGAACAUGUUUGA